AGGAGUGUUAGUGGCGCUUGUCCAGUGCUGAGGCUUACAUUUUGGUACUAGAGGCCGAGACUGUCCUGGUGACGGCGUUUUUCGAGGGGCCGGCUUUGACUUUCCUAGGAGUGGCAGAGUACAGUCCAGAGGAGAGGCUUCUGAUCAGCCCAGGUACUUGAAAGGUGAACGCCAGCGAGGCAGAAGUUGAGACAAGCCGAAUACACUGAGCUGGGAGCUUUACAAGAUUCUUCCAUAAUGAAUGGAUCCAGUGUGGCAAGUACAUCACCCAGUGUAAAAUCCAAAGAAGACCAAGGGUUAAAUGGGCAUGAGGAGAAGGAAAACCCAUUUGCAGAGUACAUGUGGAUGGAGAAUGAAGAGGAUUUCAAUAGGCAGGUGGAAGAGGAGCUACAGGAGCAAGACUUCUUGGACCGCUGCUUCCAAGAGAUGCUUGAUGAGGAGGACCAAGACUGGUUCAUUCCAGCUCGAGACCUGCCUCAAGCCAUGGGACAGUUGCAGCAGCAGCUAAAUGGAUUGUCAGUCAGUGACGGCCAUGAUUCUGAAGAUAUUUUGAGCAAAAGUAACCUGAACCCAGAUGCCAAGGAGUUUAUUCCAGGAGUGAAGUACUGAGCUGACAGAAGCUUUGAGAGGACUUAUCUUUCCCCACAUCUGGGGCUAGUCAUGCACAAAACUGAAGAGGGGGGUGGGUGGGCAAGGGUGCACAGCAGGGGAGCAGAAUAGUGGUUUAACUGGAUACUGUGAUCCUGAGUAACUCCUGUGCUCAGUCUUACUCUACAAACCUUUGUGUAUUUCUCUUUUGUUCUACUGAUUUUUGUUUGGAGCAGUUUCCUAUUUUACUGUGUUUUUAAUUGUCUCUUUUGAGUUAAGGAAAUUGUGAUUGUUUUUCCUAUGUCAGGAGUAGUCUAUUGUCUGUAUUUAAGCAAAAUAAGCUGACCAAGGAAAACUGGGUAUUUAAGAAAUACCUUUUUUAUCCUACUGUAUGCCUAUCAUGCGCAAGAAACACCUGAAGAGCUACUUCUGGAGUCUGUUAAGCUGGACGGUAAGAGGGACAAGUGGAAGAAACGAGUGGUGUAAAUACGAAUAUGAAGCUCCCCAAUCCUUGGAGUUUCUACAGUGAACUGGGAUUAAACAGUGGCUUGCUGAGCUGGUGUCUGCCUGCCCUGAAUCCCCCAUUUAAGAAAACACAGACUUUAAAGUUACUUUAAAGUUCUUUGUUUAUGGUACCUUUUGAUGAUUGAUGAAAAUGGGAAGGCUAUGAUGGUGAUUGUCAUGUGAAUCAUUUAGAUGCUGUUGUCCUCUAUUGUUAAGCCACAGUUUAUAGCUACCAUCAGAUUUAUCAUUUACAAACUGAAAGAGACAUUAGGUUGAUUUACCACAUUCACCCUGACAGUGUCUUAUUCUGUCUCCUUUAUACCUAACUGUAUUUUUUUUUGCCAGAAACACUAACAGAGGUUUUUUGUUCUAGCAAAAGCCAGGAGAAAUCAUUUGUAAUCCUGUUGUAUCUUAAUUUUUUUUAGACAAUUUUUUUUCCAGACCUAAUAGUUCUCCUGGUAGCUUAAUUCCCUCAGAAAGGUUUCUGCACUGUUCAAGGAUAGAGUCAGACACACAGACACAAGCAAACUCAGUUCCCUAUUCAGAUCCUUCUCCCUAAAUAAUUAUGUGAAGUAACACAAAAACACCCUCUGGGUCCUGCUUGACUCACAUGACAAGGUACCAGACCCUCUGGGAUAUUUAAAGUUAUUAUUACCAAGUUUUUUCCAGUUUGCUAAGUUGACUCUAGAUGUGCUUCUUUUGUCCUAUCUGUUACUAAUUCACUAGGGUUUCUUAGCAGGUCUUUGGUUCCAAGGGCAACACCACUGAAGACAAACUGAGAAUGCUCAGGAUUCAUAAAAUUCAGUACCAUACUGCAAGAUGUUUGGUUACUUUUUCCUAUAAUGCUUCCCAACUUCAGUGAAGACAUACAACUGUUCAACAAACCUAAAAUUUUCAUUUUAUCACCUAAGUACAUUAACAUUUCCCUUGCUUUGGGCGUACCAUUUGCUUUUGGGGAGGGCUAUUUUCACAAAAUUCAAAGCAAGAAAACAGUAGAUCACAGAACAAACACAACUGAUGAUGACAUGGACUGACUUUUUUUUUGUUUGCAACUGAGCUGUGUAAUAUGCAAACAGGAAUUUAAAUUUCAUUUGGGGAUUUCAUUUUAUUUUUUGACAGGCUAGGAGAAAGCCACUUAAAGUAAACCCAUGCAUAAGGUAGGUUUGCUGUACUCCUGAGGAAUUAAACUGGGCACCAGGAACUUUGUAAAUGGCAAUGUGUGAAAGAGAAUGUGUCUAGUAAUGGUCAUUCUCCCAGGCCAGGGACUAUAGGGGCCUGAGGAUGCAGUUGCUUCUGUAUGACCUGCUACUGUGCUGUGUGAUGGGUCUCUAAGGUAAGACAAUGUAACUUGAAAUAAAGUCAGAGUAAAUUCAGUAUGUGGAUGUGGGACAGAGGUGGCAAGGACUAAGGGUCUGGAAAGCUGAAGAAGUUCUUUUUUUAAUAUGAGCUCCAUUGUUGACUUUUUUGGGGAAGGAAGAGGGGCUAGUACAAGGGAUUGAACUUAGUACAAGGGAUUGCUAGACAAGCACCCUGCCCAUAGCCUUCCUCAUUAGGUAACAUGUCAUAGGAAAGUCGCUUAGGGAACUUAAGAGUGUAUUAUAAGCAUAUUAAUUCCCAAAGCCUCUACCUCGAAAGAGUGAAACUGUUAACUCUUUUUCAGAGAGGAGUCUGAAUAUAGAAACCUUGUUAUUAAGGAAAGGGUGUUAGCAGUGCAUAAGUACAAUUACCUGUCCUGGGGCUGCUGCUAUUGGCUGCAGUCUCCAUUAGCCUGCCCAAGCUCAGAAUGCUGAAGGUUGUUGGAAAUGUGUCUGGAUUGUUAAGAAGAACCUUUGUUAAGACCCUGGGAAUCUCCGUGACAGAGUACAAUGUACUCAUUUGGCUACCCAUCUGAAAAGUCUUACAGGAAUCUAGCCAUUGCUCCAUCCUGAUCUUUUGAUGCCUGAGUAGGCUUAUCUCACCCUCUGCUGUGCUGGCCUAUUCCUUUUAUAUAUUUUUGGAUGUCUUUAGCAUGGUUUCACUAUAUGUAUUUUGUCUAGGAAAAUUUUGCCAGAUGAACAUGGGAUCUGAGGGCUGAAGUUUUGAGUCUCACUCAGGUGCAGUGUGUGCUGACUCCAGGCUUGGAAGCAUGCAGCAAAAUGCUCUUUUGCUUAAUGUGUUAAGCAUUUCUACAUUCAAGAGCUCCUCCUGUGGCCCAACUCUAUCAUCAUCUAUUUUAUGUUAUGAGUUGGGAGUAUAAUUAUCCCCUAGGCCAACAGGUCCAGUCUUAGUUGGGAGUUUAUCAGCUUCUUAGCAGAAAAAUUCUCUGGGUCUUCAUUAGAGAAAGACUGGGUGCCUCUGACUUUUCCUUACAGGUUCUGGGUACAAGCCAGGCUGAACACUUACAUUUUCAUGUCAAGUUUUGUAUUUAUAAGUGAUAAUGUUGAUGUCGAAUUUAAGCCGCUACUCUGUUCAGAUUUUUUUUUGGCAGUUUGAGAAUUUGUAUGGAAAUGGAACAUGUAUGUUUAACAGUUGUCAAUCUGACUGGUCCCAGUAUUCGUUUAUUUAGUGAUUUCUGAUCACUGUGAUUGUUCCAAGUAUUUAUUUGAUUCUGAAACUGCAAAGUAGAAGUAUAAUUUCUCUUUAAAGAGAAAAAAUUAUUAAGGUAAUGCCUUUUCAGUUUCUCCAAACCUUUGAACUGCAACAGAAAAUGUAAGGGUAUAGUCUAAGCCUGGACACAUGCAGUUCUGGGUCUGGGGCUGUUCUCUCUACAAUAGUUGACUUUUGGAAAUCAUAUAUAAUCAAACCAGAAAAAGACUAUAAAGAUAAGGCUGGAUCUGUGUAGUACCUUUUUGUUUUCAAAAUCACAACAGCUGGGAUCUCUUUAAGGUUAUAAUGUUAACUAUGGUUUACAAAUAAAAGUUUUUAGUGAAA